ACGCCGGAGCGCGGCGAUGGCAGCACCAGCACCCAUCGCCGCUCCACGCCCUCUCGGUCCCCUCCACCACCACCAUGCUCGCCCUGCUCCGCACCCCGCUCCUCGCCGCCCCGCGCGCCGCCACGCGCCGCUUCAGCGCCAGCGCGCGCGCCAGCGACGUGCUGCUCUUCGUCGAGCACAAGGCCGGCGCCGUCAACGCCGCCAGCCUCAGUGCGCUGACGGCCGCGCGCAAGCUCGGCGCCGGCGACGUGCACGCCCUCGUCGGCGGCAAGGAGGCCGACAUCCAGGGCGUGGCAGACGCCGUCGCCAAGUUCGACGGCGUGUCCAAGGUGCUGCACGCGUCCGGCGAGGCGCUCGGCUCGUCGCUCGCCGAGGCGUUCGCGCCGCUGCUCAAGCAGGUCGCCUCGUCGGGCUCGUACACGCACGUCGUCGCCGGCCACACGGCCUUCGGGCGCGACGUUGUGCCGCGCGCCGCCGCGCUGCUCGACGCCAGCCAGAUCAGCGACAUCACCGCCGUGCACGACGCCGACACGUUCGAGCGCCCCAUCUACGCCGGCAACGCCAUCGCCAAGGUCAAGAGCGCCGACAAGCUCAAGGUGCUGACGGUGCGCGGCACGGCCUUCGACAAGGCCGCCACCGAGGGCGGCAGUGCCAGCGCCGAGAAGGUCGACUUUGCCGAGCCGAGCAUCUCCACGCGUCUCGUCUCGGAGCAGAUCUCCAAGUCGUCGCGCCCCGAGCUGGCGACGGCGGCGCGCGUCGUGUCGGGCGGCCGUGCGCUCAAGUCGGCCGAGGGCUUCGAGAAGUACAUUGAGCCGCUCGCGGAUGCGCUCAACGCCGCCGUGGGCGCGAGCCGCGCGGCCGUCGACGCCGGCUACGCCGCCAACAACCUGCAGGUCGGCCAGACGGGCGUCGUUGUGGCGCCGGAGCUGUACCUCGCCGUGGGCAUCUCGGGUGCGAUCCAACAUCUGGCUGGCAUGAAGGAGGCCAAGACGAUUGUCUCGAUCAACAAGGACCCCGAGUGCCCGAUGGCCGAGAUCGCCGACUUUGCCCUUGUCGCCAACCUGGAGGACGCCGUGCCGGAGCUGCUCGAGAAGCUCAAGUCGGCCUAGACUGCAUCGCGUGGCAUGGUGUGGAGCAUCAACGCUGGAACAGG